UCGAUUACAGAGAAAACGAUCAUAAAGGAAGUGUAAUCGUUCCCUGCACAUCGAUCUGCAAUAUACACAAUACAGUAUCUGUCAAGCAAUAUGGCUUUGAGACGAGCGCUGCAUUUUGUUUUUAAGGUUGGAGACAGGACCAAAACAGCUACGUUUUACCGAGAUGUUCUGGGUAUGAAGAUUUUACGUCAUGAAGAGUUUGAGGAAGGCUGCAAAGCAACCUGUAAUGGCCCCUACGAUGGAAAAUGGAGCAAAACGAUGGUUGGAUUUGGUCCAGAAGAUGACCAUUUUGUUGCUGAACUGACAUACAAUUAUGGGGUGGGAGAGUAUCAACUUGGCAAUGACUUCUUGGGGCUCACUGUACAGUCCAGCAAAGCUGUAAACAACGCUAAACGUUUGGGAUGGCCUCUUACUGAGGUAGAAGAGGCUGUGUAUCUCACCCAGGCUCCGGGAGGUUAUCCUUUCUACCUUGUGGAUAAAGAGCAGCCUCCCAAUGAUCCUGUGCAAAAGGUUUGUCUCGGGGUAUCAGACCUCCAGAGGUCGACCCACUACUGGACUACGCUCUUGGGAAUGAAAGUUAUGGAGAAGAAUGAGGAAAAGAAAACAGUGCUGAUGGGAUUUUCAGACACUCAAUGUAAACUUGAGCUUCACGACAUCAGUGGGACAGUAGAUCAUGGAACAGCUUUUGGGAGAAUAGCAUUUUCCUGCCCACGGGAGCAACUGCCUGAACUGGAGGCCUUGAUGAAAAAAGAAAAUCAGAAAAUUCUCACUCCAUUAGUCAGCCUGGACACUCCUGGAAAAGCCACAGUAGAAGUGGUUAUCCUGGCUGACCCAGAUGGUCAUGAGAUCUGCUUUGUGGGAGAUGAGGCUUUCAGGCAACUGUCCACGGUGGACCCAAAAGGAAAUGAUUUGCUUGAUAAGGCCAUGGCUGAAGAUAAAAGUGAUGAGUGGUUUGCCAAACACAACAAACAGAAAGCUGCUGCAUGAGAUGAAGGGGCUUGCUGGAAAAUUGUGCAACAUUCCUCACCAGUUCAUUUCACGAUGCUGUACAAGACACCUUUAGUAUAAAUUUUCUUGUAAUGACAGCUCGAUUAUCCUUUGGCUUGCAGUAUGUGGUUUAUUUUUUUCCUUGGAAUCAUGCCACAAGGCACAGUUACAUAGACAGCAAUUUGUAAAAGGACCACUUGUUCAAAUUGUUGGACAUUUUUCUGGCACUAGAAAAAUGUCCAACAAACUGAUAUUUUACACACAGUGUACCUGGAGCUUUCGGGGGUUUGGCAAGGCAUGAUCAUCUUGUCAAAGCAUCCUGUUAACUGAUAAAUGCAUUCAGUAUCACGUAGUAGCAAUAAUUUUGUUGUGUGAUUCAGUUACAUUAAACAUUAUCAUUUGUAAAAUGACAAUCUAACUCAUCUGGUUGAAAUAAAGCUUGUUUCCAACUUGU